GAUCAGACCAGUUAGCAUCGCGUGGAGUCAACAGAGAAAAUCGUAGAGAAAAAGUGAACUUUCCCUUUAAAAAAUGCUGAAAUUCAUCUUAAGUGCGGCUAUUCUCAUCAUGACUCUCUUGGAAAAUCUCCAAGCCCAAAGACCCUCCUAUGCGGGUCUGAGGCCACCACUUGGACUAAGUCAGAAGGACAAAUACCAUGCAACUCAAAACACGGCUGUUGAGAACUUCACGGGAGUGGAUAUAGCUACGAGAUUUGGAGAGGACACCAAUUCACAAAAGCCAGCUGUCAUCGUUUUGCCCUUUGGUGCAUCCCAGAGACCUCCCGUUGGAGUUUCCAUAGUGCAGCCAAUAAAUACAUCUCCUCAGGUGGAUGCUCCUACUGUAGCCAACCGAUUCGGAGAAGCGGACUCGCCGAACCAAGCUACUAGUUCCACGACCGGGAGUCCCGCAACCCCAGCGGCCCCCGUCCUCAAUGAGCUUCCCGUCGAUGCUCAGGGUGAUCGGGAGUUGGUUAACUACUUGAGUCAGCUGCCAGUGGAAAGCCAGCCCUUCUGGUUCAUUAACCACAAGGCCAUUGAGGCCCAUCGAAACGGCUCGAGACCCAAUGUGGGCGCUCUAGAAACGCGGGGAUCUUUCUUCCGCGGUUAACAGCGUCAACGGGGUUUUUCUAAAGUCUACGCUUAGCUUAUAUAUAUUCCCGAAUUAAAAUAUACAAUAAUUUAUUUAUUUUUAAAAAACAUCUUUUCCUUUGUAAUAGGCUGUGAUAACCUUUACCAAAGUUAUCAUCUAUAAAAUGAUAAGACUCAAUCGGUUUCCCCAGCCCUAGCAGUUCAAAUGCUCAGAUGAUGAUUUGCGAUUUAUUUAAGGCUGAUGCCUAUAAAACAAAAGCCUCAUCAAUCAAGAGGGAACCUAUUCAAGCAAUACUAUCGUCUUUUCUAAAAUGGAAUUGCAUUCGGAAUUCCCGGCUUUCCCAGCUGAUCGUACAGAGACAGAGCAGCCGUGAUUAUUGAUUAGUCUCAAAAGAAUAAAUAUAUUUUUGUUCUCCGAACAUUCUAAAAAGAUAACCAAGUUCUUUUGUCGUUUCAUGAUAAUAAAACUUAUUGUAAACAUA